AUCCUAUCACACACAGUUAUUCAUGUCAUCGGGUCCACCGGAGCCGUCAGGCUCUCACACGGCGAAACCUAACGUCGUUGAAGACUUAGUCAAGGCGGGCACAGCUGCGUUUAACCCCAGUGGCAGCCCGGAGAGCCGGGACGACGGCCUUCAGAAAUAUAACGAUUUAAUCAAAAGAACAGAUACAUGGACCCUGCUUCAUGCCUUAAAUGCACUCAUCCAACCCGGUGCAACGCAAGCAUGGCUACGUCCAGCACUCAUGCGAUCGUUGACUCUCAUUCCUCUUCGAAAGGAUGGAGUAAGGGCUACAAUGGAACUUGUCUUCAUGGUUCAUCCCAGUACAUCGCGUGGUGCUAAAGAUAGCAAAGAAUCUCAAAAACAGGGUGCCAACAUCACACAAGAAUCUGUCGCUGUCGCCACCAAGCUCCUCUCUACGGUUCCAUCUGACAUGUCGCCAGAAGCUUGGUUUGGAGGAAUAUCAGAGCAAAUAUUUUCAUUGAUCGAUGGCAGCAGUGGCCCCGAGCUAUCUCAAACUGCAGCUCAAAUUGUGGGCUAUGGAAUAUUAGGGAAACGAUCGCUCGGUGCUCCAGGCGCCGCGGGAUGGUCUAUCUUUGUUCAGCCUAUUAUUGAUAAUAUUAACUGGUCCCUCCGAGAAGAUCGAGGAGACGAAGCACUUGAGGAGGAGGAAGUGGUGGAUCUAACACGGGGUCGACGACUUGUCUCAUCAGACGAUUUGCAGCGUUCGGUACAGAGGCUUAAGAUCUUAAUCCUGUCCAACCCAUCACCUGGUCUCUGCAAGCGAGUUCUUACCCGUGUUUUACCGCAGCUCUGGACUCUUGCCUCAUGGCCUGCGCAACAAGGCGAGGUUGUCAAAGGCCUGAAGAUCCCUGCUAGCGUUCUCCUGCAAACAUAUUUCAAGUUAUUUGGAGAAUCAGAGAGCAUCAUGGUUCUUAUACAGAAUCUAAUGUGCCAAGGAUCUCUCCCCAGUUCAAAAACCGCAUGGAAGUAUUUGUCAAUCAACUCGGACGAGAUCGAAGCUGUUGAGGCCCAGCGAAGCGAAGAAAGUGUUGUUGACUGGGGCAAAAUUGACGCCAACGCGAGCAAUUUUGUAGAUUUAUUCACUUCAGCCUCUUCUACGGAAGACAUUUCUUCUAUUUUCCUAAAGUUGUUGAGAAAAUGGAUUGAAUCAAGCAGCGCUGAACAGAACCCCAACAUCGAAGUUGUUCUUUCGAGUCCCACAGAGUCACCGAGUUCAACUAUUUCUGAUCUUGUGGAAGUGGCUGUUUUGCAAAAGCUUAUGCAAAAGGCUCCGGAAAAGCUGGUCAGUCACUUUGAUCAAUUACUUGAUCUAGUGACACAAGUCUUCAUAGCAGAUACAAAGUCACCCUUGGGCGAUGACGUGGUUGGUAUUGUUCUGAGCUUGCUGAAUCUUGUUAUUACAGUCCCGAGCUUUCAAAAGUCCGACAUCAAAUCAGACCAACUGACGAUAUUGGAGAGUUCUUUGGAACGAAUCUCCCAACAAGAUCGCUCAGACACGUCAGCAACAGCACGCAACUUGUCAUUACUCUUGAAGUAUCGCGAUGAACUCGAAGAACCUGAUGAUGCGGCAUCACUUCCAUCUGCCCGGCAAAUUGAAGAUCGAAAAACCUACAGCUUAGCGAUGAGCUAUAUAGCAGGAGAAAAGGAUAACCCGCCACCUGUUGUUUCUGAAGGACUCAAUCUUUUGUCCGGUCUAAUCAACAGUCAAAGUCCGAUCUUGGAUAUUAACGGUAUCACCACUCUGAUGUCGAGUCUUUUGAAAGAUAAGGAGGACUAUAUCAACCUACGAGUGAUCAAAAUUUUUACAGAACUAUCAAACAAGCAUCCCAAGUCGACACUGCAGGAGCUCACCGAUAGCUACCUUGACAGCAGCGAAAAGCUGUCAACAGACACUCGCUUACGUUUUGGAGAGGCGCUGGUGCAAGUUAUUGAGAGGCUCGGCGAGUUGUUCACUGGAGAUGCAGCCCAUAGAACAUCAGAGGCUCUAUUGAGCAUCGCAGGCAGACGUGGCUAUCGUGCAAAGACGUAUGCUAAGCAGAAGCGAGAUGAGAAGCUUCGCAAACUGAAAGAAGAUAAGGGCCAAGCCGAGGACGAUGAGCCCGAUAUGGACUUGGACGAAGAAGAUCUCACGGAAGAACAAAAGGCAAAUAAUGAUGUUAUAGCGCGAAUCAUUGAAGGAUGGGAUAGCCAGCGUGGCAGCGAGGACAUCCGGAUGCGAACAUCAGCGCUGUCAAUCUUUGGCUUGGCCGUCGAAACUAACAUUAGAGGUAUCGGGGCGACUCUUGCAUCGGCAGGGGUUGAUCUGGCGCUAAACAUCUUAGCAAUGGAGCGAGAUACGUCAUCGGGCAUACUGCGCCGAGCAGCGAUCAUCUCUAUCCUCAGCUUUGUGCGAGCACUAAACACAGCUAGAGAACCUGGUCAAUCUCUCGGGUUUGGUCUGACAGAAGAAAGUCGAGGCAACAUACAGCGAACGCUGGAGUAUAUCGCGGCGACGGACAACGACGGCCUUGUACAGCAGCACGCACACGACGUGGUGGAGAGCCUUGAUAAUUGGCGCUUGGCAAGCUUGGCGCUAGACGGAACAGAAACAUCAUCAGGAUUUGGAUCUAGUGGGCUAACGAACCUAGCUGGACUGCAUGUGAAGCCCAGCCUAGGGGAUGAGCAAGGUGUAUCGACAUCACGGCCUCGUAUUGAAGAAAUCGAGUAGAGCGUAGCGCAGACCCAAAUAAAUCACAAUAAAUCGUAAUAAAAUUAAUGAAGAGAA